CUCUAUUUAAAGCACAAUAGCCAAACUAUUCAACACAACUUGGCUACCUAGUAAACCUUCUCUCUAAGCUCAUUGCCUUCAAUUCAUCCCCUAGUUUCUCUCUCUCGUCUCUAGUCCGAGUUUCAUUCGUUUAGUAAGCUAAACUUGUGAAAAUGAGAGGAGGAAUUGUUUUCACAGAGCCAGGCAAUGGAAUGUAUACCACACCAAUUGAAAGUCUCAAGCAUGCAUGGGAUAGCAUACGAGUUCCAAUUCUCGUGCCAAUUCUGAAAAUUGCAAUGUUUUUCUGCAUAAUGAUGUCCGUUAUGCUCUUUCUUGAAAGGAUUUACAUGGCAAUUGUAAUAGUUGCUGUUAAGUGCUUUGGCCGGAAAAGGUACACGAGGUAUAAGUUGGAUGCCUUGAAAGAAGACCUAGAGCAAAACCAAAACUACCCAAAGGUCUUGGUCCAAGUUCCCAUGUUUAAUGAAAAAGAGGUUUACAAGCUCUCUAUCGGAGCUGUAUGCGGGUUUACAUGGCCAUCAGAUCGGCUUAUCGUGCAAGUCCUUGAUGACUCCACCAAUGAUAAUCUAAGGAAACUAGUGGAGGAUGAAUGUAAGAUGUGGUUGCGGAGAGGGGUUAAUGUGAAGUAUGAGACAAGGAACAACAGGAAUGGUUACAAGGCUGGUGCUUUACGUGAAGGUCUAAAAAAGCAAUAUGUUGAUGAUUGUGAAUUUGUAGCCAUCUUUGAUGCUGACUUUCAGCCUGAUCAUGAUUUUCUUUGGAGGACCAUCCCUUAUCUUCUAGAAAAUCCAGAAUUGGCAUUAGUGCAAGCAAGAUGGAAAUUUGUGAAUGCAGAUGAAUGUAUAAUGACCCGACUUCAAGAGAUGUCACUAGGCUACCACUUUAGUGUUGAGCAAGAAGUUGGCUCAUCAACUUGCUCAUUUUUUGGGUUCAACGGGACUGCUGGUGUUUGGAGGCUCCAAGCACUACAUGAUGCCGGUGGAUGGAAAGACCGAACAACAGUGGAAGACAUGGACCUUGCGGUCAGAGCUAGCCUAAGAGGAUGGAAAUUUCUUUAUAUUGGUGACUUGGAAGUAAAAAAUGAACUCCCAAGCACCUUCAAGGCUUAUAGGUUUCAACAGCAUCGUUGGUCUACUGGCCCAGCUAACCUCUUCAGGAAGAUGUUCAAAGAAAUCAUCAAGAGUGAGCGUGUAUCCCUAUACAAGAAAUUUCACUUGAUCUAUGCUUUUUUCUUCGUGAGGAAGAUUAUAGCACACUGGGUGACCUUUUUCUUCUACUGUGUUGUGAUCCCAUUCGCUAUUGUAAUCCCUGAAUUACAUCUUACAAAACCUAUAGCUAUAUAUCUUCCUGCAACUAUAACAAUUCUAAAUGCAGCUUGCACAAAGAGGUCUUUCCAUCUUCUUGUGGUUUGGAUAUUAUUCGAAAAUGUCAUGUCUCUACAUCGGACUAAGGCUGCAAUAAUCGGAUUGUUGGAAGCAAAUCGAGCCAAUGAAUGGGUUGUAACAGAAAAGUUGGGAAAUGCAGCUAAGCAAAGACAAACUGUGAGAGCACCAAGAAGAAGAACAUGCAGGCUUAGAGAUCGGAUCCAUAUGCUGGAGAUUAUGAUGGGGGUUUUUAUGCUACAAUGUGCUUUAUAUGAUAUCAUGUUCGGGCACGACCUGUUUUAUAUAUACCUAGUGCUACAAGCAUUGGCCUUCUUUGCAGUUGGAUUUAGCUUCGUUGGAACACAAGUCCCUACCUAGAGUUGUGUUGGUGAACUUCAUCCGUUUGCAAGUAAUAGUAAUAAUUUUUCUGUAAUCAUGAAAGUGAAUGUGUGACAUGGAGGAAAGUCCCUACCUAGAGUUGUGUUGGUGAACUUCAUCUGUUUGC